UAAUGUGGUCCGCGGAGCAGCUUUGAAUACCUCGGAGCCACUCUCGUUACGCAGUUGCAGCUGAACGAUAAUCAGUGACGAUAGUGAUUCUCUUGGAAAGUUGAUUGGGCUGCGAGAUUGAUUUUGGACGACCAAGAUGGACCGCUGGGCAGGAAAAGUCGCUGUUGUUACUGGAGCAUCCUCUGGAAUUGGAUUGGCGACUGCGAAAGCACUUGUUCAGAAUGGAAUGGUCGUUGUGGGAUUAGCUAGGCGGAAGGAGAAAAUGGAGAGUGAAUUGGCAAAUAUUCGGGGAGCUACAGGAAAGUUCUAUGCGGUGAAAUGCGAUGUGGCUAGGGAUAAUGAAGUGGCGGAGGCUUUUGAGUGGAUCAAAAAAAAUGUUGGGAAGGUUCAGGUUCUGAUCAACAAUGCGGGCAUUGCGAGCGGCGGAAAGUUCACUGAAGUGGAUAAUGCUAUAUUAAAGAAUAUCAUGGAGGUCAAUGUCAUGGGGACAAUUUAUUGCACCAAGGAAGCCCUCAAAGUAUUACAAGCUGAUAAUUUGCCGGGACAUAUCAUCAAUAUUAACAGUAUUGUUGGACACACUGUUUUGAAACCCAUGGGCAGGGACCUAAACAUCUACGUGGCGAGUAAAUACGCAAUCACCGGAUUUUCUGAGACUCUCGUCAGAGAAUUAAUGGGCCAGAAUAUUCGCGUAACGAGUUUGAGUCCAGGACUUGUGAAAACCGAAAUAGUUGGGAGUGGACUUAAGGAUUUAAACAUUUUGGACUAUCCAUUUUUGGAAUCUGAAGACAUUGCCAAUGCCAUUAUCUACUUGCUCGGCACACCACAGAGGGUCCAAGUGAAGGAGUUACUCAUUCCACCAUUGGGCGAAAACUUUCUAUAAUUUUUAUUCAUGACGCACGAAAAAAAAAAAUAGAAUAAUUCAACAAACUUCGAUAGAAAUCCCUAUCAAAUUUAUUAGAGAUUUCUGUGCAAAUUUAUUGAACUAUUCUAAUUUUAUUGUAUUUCCGCCAAUUCUGUUGAUGAAUUCCGCACCUUGUCUAGUAUAAACUAUUUCAUUGGAAAAACCAGUAGAAUUUCAUCUUUCUAUACAACUUUCUCCAUCGAGACAUUUUCUAUAAGAAUUCAUCGAUACGAAUUUUUCAAAUUUUAUUUCACUCUGUUUUGCUUCUCUUUUCAUUAAACAAAUCAAACAAAGAAACAUGGAUUGUUUGUGCCGCCGAAUUUCCACAGAAAAUAUCUCAAUGGAAUCAGUUGUAUAGAUAAAUGGACUUUACUUUUUUCUAUAGAAUAUGUUGUAUUGACCAUUUGUAUUGAAAGAAAUGCGCUGAUAAGCUGUGCAAUUUUCCUAUAGAAAUCGGCCAAAAACUAAGCUGAAUAAAAAUCCAAUACAAUUUUCGAAAGAAUUUGCAAGGUUUUUCUAUGGAUUUUUUUCGUACGCGUUAAAAAAAACAGUAUUUAAAAACGGGUGCAGUACUUUAGGAAGACAAUGAAACAUAAGAGCAUACGAAACGAUUGCCCAUUCAAACCAUAUGCAUAAAGUUGUUUAACCGAUGUCAACAGCGAUGUAACAUCACGCUAUAUGAUCAUUUACAAUUGAAGAAUUUAAUAAACAAUUAUUAAUGUGUUCCACCUUAA